GCGAGCGAUCGAGCUGUCCCCUACCUGUGCGCUUGCCUCUUGUGCGCUUGCGAGCUUGCUUCCCCUCCUGCCGCCUCCGCCCCUUCCCCGGCUCUCCUCUGAUUCUCCCUGUGCUCUGACGCAGCAAGGCUAGUGCGCGAGGAGAGGGUGUCGUGCCGCACAAGGCUCUACAGAAGCGAGAGGUCCGCGGCGCUGCGAGCUCGCUGCCUGGUUGGCCUUUUCCUACUGGAACUGCAGUACUUUGAACAUGCUUUUUGCAAAUACUUGCAUUAAGGAUGAAUAAAAUGUUAAGCAACGACUGUUUAGGGACACAGGAGCUUCAUACAUUUUGCAAGACCACUGAAACAUCGGAACAUUCACACUCUCAACAGAUCACACUCGAUAAAACAGCGGUGGGGUCAACUCUAAUAAGUCAUCAAAAUGUGUGCUGUACUGCUGAAGUAUCACGGGAGAACGCAGAAAUCAUGGAAAUCGGCUUAUUGCAGGAUGAAUCUGAUGCAGCAACCACCAGUUUGCUACCACUGCCACUGUUGUCAUGCGGCCCUAGAUCUAUGGUUCCAAUAUCAGUACCAUCAUCAUCUGACCUUGAGAGUAUCCUCUCGCCAGAUCCAAUCUACAGUGAUCUUCAGUUGAAAGAGAUAAACUUCAAUGCUCCAGCAAUGGACGAAAGCACUGAGUUCCUUCACCUGAUUCUUAGUGGCAAUGAUGAAGGAUACAAUAAUACAGCUGAAUUCCAAGUCUGGGAUGCUCUGGACUUCUAUGUCACAGAAAACUUUUCUACUUUCCAGUUUGAUAGUUUAAUGGGUUUUUCAAAUGAAGUUAGUACUUCCUACAAUGACUGUAUGAAUUUAGUUGACAUGGUAGAGCGGCCUGUGGCUCGCUUGUCUCUAGAUGACUCAGUGGAGCCAAAUGACACUAGCAUUGAGGUUCCGGUAGAUCACACUACACUGGACCCUGAUGACACAUCCUUGUACCUUCAGACGAAACCAACAGAUUCAGAAACUGAAAGUAGUUCUGCCGCUGGGGAUGUGGUUGAAACUGAAUAUCUUGAUCAAAAGCUACUUUCUAGAGGUCUGCCGGAUUUAAUGGAUGUUGACUCGCCCAGUCACUUAACAAAAACACCAGUGAGAACAAAACAUGUGACUCUUGUGCUGGAUUUGGACGAGACUCUUGUACAUUCAACAUUGGAUCACUGUGACAAUGCUGAUUUUACUCUAGAAGUUUUCUUUAAUAUGAAAAAUCAUACGGUCUAUGUGAGAAAAAGGCCUUACUUGAAGAUGUUUCUUGAGAAGGUUGCCCAGAUGUUUGAGCUUGUCAUUUUCACAGCUAGUCAGAGAAUCUAUGCUGAGCAGCUUAUAGAUAGACUUGAUCCUGAUGGGAAAUAUAUUUCACGGCGAAUUUACCGUGAAUCAUGUUUAUUCUCUGAUGGUUGCUAUACAAAGGACUUGACAAUUCUUGGGGUCGACUUGGCAAAAGUUGCAAUAAUUGACAAUACUCCACAGGUUUUCCAGUUGCAAGUGGAUAACGGCAUACCAAUCAAGAGCUGGUUUGAUGACCCCUCAGAUCAGGAAUUGGUUGAGUUACUCCCAUUCCUAGAGAGCCUCGUGGAUGCAGAGGAUGUUAGGCCAAUGAUCUCAAAGACCUUCCACGACAAACUUGAGCAGAAUUAGUUUUAGAGGUAUACAUAUGAAUCAUUUCAUCUGGUGAUCGAACCUUAGGUUCGCUCCACGUGGUGCAGGCCAUUCUUGGGAAAUUAGGUAUAGGAUCAGGAUUCGCCAUUUAUGUUAUGUUAGCUGUUA